AUGUCUUAAGCCAGAAUGUGGUGACGUGAUUAUCAGCUGUUGCAUCAGGGUUCCCGGAAGAGAACCGGAAGUAAUAAGGCUUCCGGUAUUUCCCCGAACACGUCACGUGGGCGACAGUCUGUUUUAACAUAUAGACAGUUUAUAUUACAAACAUUUAUUCAUGGAGCAUUACUCAGCUUUGAUACUACACUUCCAAAGUCUACCUAACCUAUUUUCCCGAUAGAUCAUUCACUACGGCCUUUCUAGUACGUAUGCCGUUGACGAAGGGUUUUUCUCCCGAGGCGCUUUGAAAAGGAAGAUUUUGCAGUUACAUCUGCGAUGGCUGAUCGCGAACAAAGAAUUAAAGAGCUAAUCUUCAAGCUGGGUGCUCCAGAUGAUACAGAACUCCUUAGCAUAGCUCACGACAUUGUAAAGAUCUGGGGACCUCUUGGACUGGCUUUGGGAUUAAGAAAUUCUCAUCUGGAUGAGAUCAGUGAAGAUCAUGUUAAGGCGCUGGACAGGGCUUAUGCCAUGCUGAGAAAAUGGAAAGAAUCGAUGGGAUCUGAGGCAAAUUACGAGAGACUGGCCCAAGGACUUGGUCACCAAGCUGUUGAAAGGCGUGAAUUGAUAGACACUUACUGCCGUGACAGAGACGCCGAGUUAGCUCAGGAAAGAAUGGCAAAGCUUGAAGUUUCACUCAAAGAUAAUAACGUUGUUCCACAAGCUGAGACUCCGAAAAGAGUUCUUCCUUCCGUGGAAAUUCUCCCUGGUAAACCGUUUCAUGUAACUCAAAGACGAGGAAAAGAGAUACAAAAGAUCAAAGACAUUUACAGCGAGUUGAGCAAGAGUGCAAAAGUUUCCACGGUAACGGGAAUAUAUGUGAAAGGUCCUCCGGGCUGCGGGAAAACACAGUUAGCGAGGCAGUUUGGAAAAGAGUUCAUAGAGGAGUGCGAAAGUCGCGGCGUGAAAUUCCCGCGAAUUGUAGCUACCCUACACGCGCAGACUCUAGAGUCUCUGUUAGAGUCGUAUAAAGAACUGCACGAAAAACUGGAAAUCCCCAAAGAGCGCGAAAUACAAGGAAGCGUACGCGACCGGAUUAGGAGUUACGUAGAAGAUGUUAAAAAUUAUCUCCGCGAAAGGUCAGCUCUCUGGUUAUUGAUCGUUGAUAAUUUAACGGUGAAUGACCCACUGCGAGAAUUUUGGCCAACACCCGAGCAAGAGAGCCCGUGGGGGAAGGGGUUGGUUCUUGUAACGACUCAGGACAGCGAGCUCGCACCCAGAUCUCACGCGCAUGCCAAGGUAAUGCCGCUGGAUUCAGGAAUGGAAGACACCGAUGCCAUGGGUUUGUUGAGGGAAAUAUCAGGCCUGGAUGUCGACGAAGACGCGAAAAAAGUCGCUGAACUACUGGGUCAUUAUCCGCUUUCCUUGGCUUGCGCUGCGGUUUACGUUAGGCAGAUGCGAGAGGACCGCCCAUUUUCCAAGUUUUCGUGGAAGAAUUACCUCUCAAAUCUCGAAGAAUACUUUGCAUAUCUCGAUCAUUCUGAUUAUACGCAUCACAAUCCAUGUUAUCCGCAAUCAAUGCUGCCAGCGGCAGAAUUCGCUGCACGACGGAUGGCGGAAAACAACGAAGUACUCCGAGCUGCCUUCGUGUUUCUUUCGUACUGCUCUCUCCAGCCCGUACCUUUGGACACCGUUGCUGAUUACGUUUUGCGCGAAGCUAAAGCGCGCGGUGACGCAAAGAUUAGAGUACCUGAUGAUAUCAAGGUUAAGGUAGCGAGAUGCUCUUUACUCAUUUAUCCCGAGACUGGUGAGAGAGGAGUUGAAGUAGUCACGCUUCAUCAAGUCAUGCGUCUGGCGUUUUUGCAGAUAAGACGGAAAGCGGACGUGAACAAACCUGGCAAUGAAGAAAAAUCUGCUUACGUGUCUACAAACAAUGUGGAUAAACAGGAGCUGAAUAGCGUACUGCAAACCUUAAACGAGGCUUACAAGCAAAAGAAAGGCGAGCUCAAACAAGAAGACAUCGCCACACGGAUUCUUCUGUGUCCGCAUUUGAAGGAAUUCGUUGAUGGAGUGGAGCGAGUCCAGUGGAUUGAAAGUAGCUUACUUGUUCAGGCGUUGGUGUACCUGGCCGACGGACUCAUUCACGUUGCCGGGGCAACAGACAACCAUCGUGUGGCGCUUCUUGAGCGGGCUUAUAAGAUAAACAAACAACUUUGCUCCACUGAUAUAAACGCCUGUACCUUGCUGUGUGAUUUGGGUUACACGUAUCGCGAGGCUGGACAACUGGAUAAAGUCAUUCCAGCUCUAGAGGAAGCUAACAAACUUUGCGAGUCACAAUCUGACGCGGAGUGGAUGAAACAGCGGUCAAAGCUUUUAAACAUCCUCGCAUUUACGUUCCGGGAAUGCUUCCAGCUGGAUCUCGCGAAAGAGUACAUGAAGUUGUGCGUCGACGUAACCAAGAAGGCUCACGGAGAGAAAGCUGUGCCAGUUGCGGAGCGGCUGUGUAAUCUUGGAGUCAUCCUGCAUGACCGAUGGGAAAACGAAGAGGCCAUUGAAGUACUUGACGAGGCCAGGAAGAUUGCGGAAACUUGCGAUACUUCCGAAAUGUUCAUCCGAGGCCAAGUUUUGAACUACACGGCUAAAGUGCACCUCCGUUGGUAUCUGGGCCUGCGCCACACGCAUCCGCGCGCCUGGAGCACGAAAAUGCAUCUGAAAGAGUCAGACUCGCUCCACGAACAAGCGUUGCAAAUUUACCACGAGCUUCAUGGAGAUCAGCACAAAUUUACAACUGGAGUUAUGAUGACCUACGGAAUAGCGAAACUGCAUUUAGGAGAGGUCGACCAAGCUUACGACAUGUGUCAAAAAGCUGUUCAAGUCUAUAGGAGUUCGAGACAUAUCGCGUGGCCGCGCGCGGGUACGUUUCUCGCAGACGUUCUGCUAGCGCGCGAGGAUUAUGUUCGCGCGAAGAAGGUUUUGGAAGAGCUGGUACGGGCGCACAAAGAUAUGAAUCUCACAGUCAGCCCUGGUGCGUUCCAUCCUAGAGCGCUCAUGGCGGAGGCUUGUGCGCACCUUGGAGACGUGGAGACUGGAAGGAAAAUCUUGGAAGAGUGUCUUGAAGAGUGGAAGGGAAAAAAUUUACACCCUGAACAUUACUGGGUUGCACGCGCGCGCGCGUUCCUCGAAGGACUGAGAUCGCGAGAGACACGUGAAGAGAGCGCUCGAGGCGUGUAUGAGUUACCGGAAGAACUAUGUUGAUUAAGAGAUUUUUACGUGUUGUGUGAAACGAGCAAAAGUAUUAAAACAUAAGCUGACCGCAUGAAUUCACCAAAGCUUAGUUCUGGGAACGAAAAAAUUUUGCGUGGAUAAUACGUUAACAUCCUUCGUGCUUUCACACGAGUUCACAUACCCAUUCAAGUGAAGUAAAUGUGCUAACAAGACUUUCAUGAAAUUGUCGCUAUAGUUUAAUACUGAUUCAAUAUGAUACAAAAUAAAAUUGAAUUGGUGCCGUUUGUGACUUGCAUAGAAUCUUCAACAAAAAUGUAAUGUUAUUUAACGCUCGCUUGUUAUAAUUAUUUAAGUCGUUUUAAAUAUCUCCGCACAGGUAAGAAAACGGGUUAUAGUAAUUUUAUAUGCUAUGAAGUUACUUGCUUUUAGCAAAAAAAAAAAAAAA